UGGAGGGAGGUGAGAAAAACCAGAUUCAACUGAUUCAGCAAACGUCGGUUGUUUAGUUAAAUAAAGUGUAAUGAAUAAUAGGAGUCGGUUGUGAGACUGCUGCAGCACAUCAUUAUGCGGUAAACUGAGUGGAUCUCAGAAUGCAGCUACUCACGAGCAGCACCGACCGGAACAUGUCCUUGGAACAAAUCAUGGAUUUCGCCAUCGCUGCAAAAAAAAGCAAUGCAAUUGAUACAGGGAUUAAUAUUCCAGACAGACAUGAAGUGCACACUGUAGUGACCGCGGGAUUAAAACGCUUGGAGCCGGAGCGGAAUUAACGGAGCUGUGCUGCGGAUUUGUUCAAUCGCUUUUCUCCUGGAGCUUGUAGUUAUCGCACUUCCAAGGAAUACAGGUGAGAGGGAAAUUGAUGGUGAAGUCAUUUUGGUGAGACAACAGCGACUGUUAGAUAAAGUGCGCCAGGAGGGGUUAGUCCGAUUAAAAUAAAAAACUAUUACUUUGGGAAAACUCAGUGUUUGACAUGGGAGAAGUGAGGGUUCGGCUGCCUUUUGGUUGGACUCAGGCUUGCUGUGAAGAAAACGGCGCUUUAGAAGCUGAGCGGGAGAAACGAUGGGCUGAACUGUUCCACCAGCUCGAUGUGGAUAAAGACGGCAGGAUCAAUAUGAACGAACUUCGGAACGGUCUCGCGGCGUGGGGGGUCGUCCGUAGUGACGUGGACGAGAUAGUGCGUGUCAGUGAUACCAAUCAUGAUGGACAGCUUGACUUUGAGGAAUUCACAGAGUACUUGCGCACCCACGAGAAAGAGCUCAGACUCAUGUUCCACAGUUUGGACAACAACAAUGAUGGUCAAAUAGAUGUAGGGGAAAUCCAGCAGUCUUUGCGAAGUCUGGGUGUUAAAGUAUCGAUUGAGCAGGCCUCCAGGAUACUGCAAAGCAUGGACAGAGAUGGCACAAUGACCAUCAACUGGAAUGAAUGGCGAGAUCAUUUCCUGUUCAAUCCAUUCCACAACAUGGAGGAAAUUGCUCACUUUUGGAAGCACUCUUUGAUGCUUGAUAUAGGAGAACACCUGACAGUGCCAGAUGAAUUUUCUGAACGUGAGCACAGAGCAGGGUUGGUCUGGAGGCAACUAGUUGCUGGCGCAAUUGCAGGAGCUGUGUCCAGAACUGGAACUGCUCCGCUAGACAGACUUAAAGUUUUUUUACAGGUUCAUGGAUCUUCAGGUUUGAGUCUGUGGUGUGGACUGCAGCGAAUGGUACAGGAGGGGGGUGUCAUGUCCUUAUGGAGGGGCAAUGGCAUAAAUGUUGUCAAAAUUGCUCCCGAGUCUGCAAUCAAGUUUAUGGCAUAUGAACAAAUAAAGUGGCUAAUUCGAGGCUCCAAAGAAGGGGGAACACUGAGGGUUCAGGAGAGGUUUGUUGCUGGAUCCUUGGCUGGAGCCACUGCUCAAACUAUCAUCUACCCAAUGGAGGUGUUGAAGACACGUCUUACUCUACGAAAGACAGGGCAAUACUCUGGGAUGGUAGACUGUGCAAAACAGAUUCUGCAUAAGGAAGGAGUGCGAGCCUUCUACAGGGGAUACAUACCCAACACAAUUGGCAUCAUUCCUUAUGCUGGCAUUGAUCUGGCUGUUUAUGAGACUCUGAAAAAUGCCUGGCUGCAGAGGUAUUGUAUGGGUUCAGCUGAUCCCGGUGUAUUGGUUUUGCUUGGCUGUGGAACUGUUUCAAGCACCUGUGGACAGCUAGCCAGUUACCCAUUAGCCCUUAUCCGUACUCGCAUGCAGGCGCAGGCUUCCACAGAGGGUGCUCCAAAACUAUCCAUGGUGGGCCAGUUCAAGCACAUACUGACUCAAGAUGGUGUCCCAGGUCUGUACCGUGGCAUUGCCCCCAACUUCCUGAAAGUCAUUCCUGCUGUUAGUAUUUCCUAUGUGGUUUAUGAGCACAUGAAGAAAGUCCUAGGAGUCAAUUCAUAGAAACUCCUUCAGCAGAACGACAAACAACAAAUUAAAAUGAGAAACUGUGGGCAUGCCUUAGAAGACUGAUGAGGAAUAAACCAAGACGACUUACACAACCAUAAGAAGAAGGAGACAGAGGCAAAGGCGUGCAACAAAAUGCUCAGAACCUAAUCUACAUUACAUCCAAUCAUCUGAAGUAUACUUGUUAAUAAUAUAUGGGAAGAAUAGCACUUCAUUUUACAGGUUUUAAGAUGUGUUACAAACACAUUCCUUAUCCUGUUUUAAUGUAAUUACUAAUUGCUAUAGCUGCAUAUUAAAAUGCUUGUUUAACAAGCGCAGAGAACUAUUUUUACAGAAUUAAACAAUGCUUUAUUAAUAGACAUUUUUGAAAGUAAGCUAUGAAUAAUAGGUAACACUUGAAUGUUGAAAUACAGUGUUUAAACUGAUAUCGCCUUUAUCAGCAAACUAAUGCAUGUUGAAAGUGGGAAUUUUGAUUGAAGAUUUUAUUUUUGCAGAACUUUGCUCUAUAUAUUUAUGUCAAUGUGUUUUUGGUGAAUAGUAAAAAAAAUGUGCACUGCAAAACAUGUUUUAAACUUAUGUGUAAAAAUUUGUAUUGCUUAUUUCAAGCAUUAAAUGUUCUUAUUUGUCUAUUAAUAAAUGCUUAAAAUUA